UCAACAACAGUUCGCGUGGUCUCCCCCAACUUUCUCUCCAUGCAUUUCUCGCUUCAUAUUUUCUUUGUGACCUUGGCGUAGAAACGGGCGUUGAAGAAAUGACGGUCAUCUCAGCACAUUUGUGUUGAAAUUAUAUAUAAAAAAAAAAACGGCACGUCAAACGGUGUCAGGGCGCGUUCGAUCCUCGUUGCUGGCAGAUUAGAUGGGAAUUUUCCCCUGGUUUGCCGGAAUGAACGAUGACGGCGAUACGACUUUGACCAUGACAUUCGUUUCGUUUCGAUCGUCAUUUCGAUGAAUCUUGUCUUCUCUUCGCCUUUCAAGAUCCAUUCAUAAACAUGCUCCAUCGGUUUGUAUGGUCACAAUGUCAUCUCGCCCAGAUCGUUGCGCGUUUUGCGUCUGCUUACUCUUUGGCAUCUGUCACGUCAGGCUUCCGUCAGUGCGAAAAAGGCCCAGUCAAGAAGGGGGCAAAUAGAUGAUCGGAUGUACCUUCAUGCUAGUACAUUUGCGACUGGACGUUUAUGAUGGCUCUUGAUGAUGAUACAGAAUAACUCGUUUUUGCGUUCAAGAGAUUGAGUGAGCGUGAGAAAACAAUGGGGGAGGCUUGGAGAGUUUCCCACGUCCGCCUAGCAAGGCAAGCCUUGACACUUGCCACAGCAUUCUCACACUCCCAAGCUUCCUGUCAUCCGGCAGCCAACUUAAGGCACUUCGGUCAUUGCCAUCCACCGCCCUUUUGUACAGCUGCCGAGAUUUUGUAUCGUCCUCUUGGAGACUCCCUGUCAAUUCUCCCACCUCAACUAUUUCGAACCCAACGACAAUGACGUUGAUCAAAAGCACCAACCAAGCGGCAUUGGACAAGAUCGAUGAGAUCCGCAAAUUGGGUCUCACUGCUCACAUCUCCCUGCCGCAAAUUGCAGUUAUAGGCGACCAAAGCCGCGGAAAGUCCAGUCUUUUGGAAUACCUCUCCAAAAUCACGUUUCCAAAGGAUAUAGAAAUGUGCACCACUUUUGCUACGCAAGUUGUGAUGCGCACAGCUUCAAAAUUCCACGCCAAUGUGUCCUUGUCGCCGGAACGUGAUGGAUGCACCAAGCUUAAGGUCCCAAAAAAACCAAACGAGGUCAGCGACGUCAUUUCGCACGCCAAGACCCUUCUCAUGCAAGGUACUACCGGUGCGACGGUUGUCAAGGACAUUCUCACCAUUGAGCUGAGUGGUCCCGAGUAUCCAAUGUUAACGCUUGUGGAUCUUCCUGGUUACGUCCACACACGCUCAACUGGUCAAGCGGUCACCAUUGUCCAAGACAUUGAAAACAUUGCAGAAACUUAUAUCGCCAAUGACAAGACAAUUGUACUGGCCGUGAUACCCGCCAACAAGGACUUUGAAACAAACGUCGUGAUGCAAAAAGUCGAAAAGCACGAUCCAAUGGGGAAGCGUACCAUAUGCGUCAUCACCAAGCCAGACCUGAUGGACAGUGGUACAGAACACAAGAUUGUUGAGGUCAUGAGUGGGAGGAAAAUGGAGCUGGAACUUGGCUAUCAUCUCAUACGCAACAGAAGCUACGAUGAUUGUCAAGCGGACAUCUCGGUUGAGCUUGCUUGCCAAAAAGAAAAGACAUUCUUCGAUAAAAAGCCCUGGAAUGACAUUCCGUCCAAUAACCAAGGUGUUGAAUCUCUCCGAAGCAAAUUGCAGGACAUCCUCUAUGAUCUCGUGGAUGAAGAGUUUCCUAAAAUCAAACUGGAAAUCCGCAACAAGUUGGCAAAAUGCAACGAGGAAUUGGACGUCCUCGGUCCUACUCUCGACACAGAGCAUGCACGCAGAGCCUUGUUGGUCGCAAACACAAACAAGUUCGUUGACACAGUGCGGCCCUUGAUUGAAGGACACUACAGUCUGCUGGAGUAUCCGUAUGAACAUUACAUCAGGGCAAAGAUCCAGGGGCUAAAUGAGACAUUUUCGGCUACUAUCCUCAAAACUGUUUCAGAGGAUGAAAUUUCAAAAUUGGACAUUGAGGGUACGAUCAGCAAAUCUAGAGGGCGAGAACUUCCUGGGUUCCUGCAGCACGAACCCUUUGUUGCCCUUGUAAGGGAAACCAUAGCGGAAUGGAAUAAAAUCACCAAGGCCCAUUUUGGUAUGCGUUGAUCAUAAUUUUUCGUUAUUGUUAACUCUCAAUCCGUUGUUUCUGUGAGAUGGUGUGUGGGUAUGCAAACGACUCACAACAUGCUACUGGCAACUAUCUUUUUUUUUCAGAUGCUGUCUGUGUCCUACUCCAUGAUACGAUGAACUAUGUUAUUGAGAAGGAACUCAGUCCACGUCUUAGCGCCACGUUUCAUGGGGCAAUUGAGGAGUUUGUCGACGAGUGCAAAAAGGAUAUGUACAAGCAUGCGGACACCAUGUUUAGGAGUGAACAAUCGGUGCCGAUGACGUACAACCAUUACUUUACUGAAACACUCGGCAAGUCUCGCUUGACGCAUGUCGAAAAAAAGAUCAAGUGCGUGGCACCUGGGGCCUUUGGGACAUGUAAUGCUCAAUCUCUCCUCGAUAUCGUCCGCCCGUUUGUGUCCACAUCCAACAAACAGUAUGCCAUUGAGGACAUGACCUUUGCGAUUCAUGCCUACUGCAAGACUGCCGCAAAACGGUACAUUGACGCCAUUUGUUUAUAUGUCAUCGAGGUUGUUCUCUUUGAGGAUUUUUCUGGUCGUGCGAGGGAGAUACUCAAUAACUGGCCUCUGGACCACGUGAAAGAGCCCAAGCGUGUAUCGGAAAGGAGAAAAGAGCUGUUGAAUGUUAAGGAAAAGCUGGAACCUGCGCUGAAAAAGAUUUGAGAAACAAAAGGAAAGGAAACAUAUGAAUAGGGUUUUUGCAUUUUUUUUGCUAUAUAGGAAUUACUUGUUGGUUCAUACAUUGCUAGAAAAUAAUCAACAGAAAACGCAUCUUGGCUGAACUCCC